AUGUCGACACUGCACAGACUGGUUCGGAAGAGAGUGGGGCUGCGACAACUGGACAUGUCCCUGCUGUGCCAGCUGUGGAGCCUGUAUGAGUCGAUCCAGGACUACAAACACCUGUGCCAGGACCUGUCAUCCUCUCUGCACUCGGACAGCUCCUACCCACCUGAUGGUGGCCUCUCGGACGACGAAGAACCUCCCGAUGCCAGCCUGCCUCCAGACCCACCACCCCUCACAGUGCCCCAGACACACAACGCCCGUGACCAGUGGUUGCAGGAUGCCUUCCACAUCAGCCUUUAA